GCAGAUCCCGAGAUAAGAAAAAUUACACAAAAUGGAAAAUAAAAUUUCACACUCUUAUCAGUUUUAUCGAAUUUUCUUUAUUAUUCCAAUCAAUGGACUAUAGGAAUAUUUUAAAAUAAGAUGGAUGGAUCCCCCGAGUCAGUACAAUUCAACUGGAAUACAUUCCCGAGCAGCAGACUUGAAAUAUCCCAACUUCCUUCUCCAAUUGGAUGUUUAUAUAGUCCAUUAUCUACUAACGAUGUUGCGUCGAUUUCAACUGAAGAUUCUCUUGUCUCCUGUCGUACUUGCGGAGGUUAUCUCAAUCCAUACAUAACGAAGGAUGUAUCCACAAAUAUUUGGAAAUGCCCCUUUUGUCUAAGGAAGUCGUACUUUCCUACAAAAGAUUUCCCCGUACCACAAGCCACGUCGUUUGAAGCCAUUGUACCUACUGAUAUUGCACAAGGGUUUAAUGAAGAUACUCCUGAAAACAUCAUAUUUGUACUUGACACAUAUCAACAUAUUGAUGAGUUGAAUCAUGAUUCAAAUUCCGAAUCUUCGUUCUCCGCACUUAUUGACAGUUUAGUAGAAGCCAUAGAGAAAUUGUCUGAUGGAGUUUUGGUGACCUUGAUCACUUUCGAUGAAUCAGUCCAUUUCCACCAACCGUUGAUAUCAACUCAAGUUUCAUUCUCACAAGAAGAAUUAUUCAAACAAUCUGACUAUAACCUUGACGCGUUGUUCUUGAAAAAUUCUACUGUGGUGAAACAGGCUUUUCAUAAAUUAAAGUUACUGAACCGACCAAAAUGGUCACCUCAAGACAAUUCUUUAACCAAGGAACAUUAUUCUAUCCUCUUAGAUACUACCACUAAGCAACAGUUGCAAGAUUAUUUGCAGUCAUUAAAACCAAAAAUUACCCAGUCUUACAAACCACCAAGGUCUCUAGGAUUGUGUCUCUAUCUUACCUCGAUAGCUUUAUCCAUGGGAUCAUAUCUUAAUUUCAAUGGGAGGGUGUUUCUUUUUGUAAGUGGUCCCAACAACAGUCAGCCUGGUGCCGUUAUUCACCCUGGCCAAUCUUUAAGAUCCCAUCAUGAUAUCAAACAAUUAAAUAGCAAUUCAAAUUAUAUUUCUACUCUGAAGUAUUAUGAAGCAAUAUCAUUUCUUGCCAAUGGUCUCCCAUUAGACAGUGCCUUACAAAUGACUGGAAUGAAUCAAAAGACUACAAGUUUAACUCUAGCAGAAACUCUGCCCAAAUGGACAAUAAAUAUAUUUACCGGAUCACUUGACCAGGUGGGGUUAUAUGAAAUGAAAUCUUUGAUUCUGAACACUAACGGUGAUGUAUUGAUAUCGAAUGGAUUUAAUGAUCAACAAUUCAAAGAUCAAUUCAAGAAAACUAUCCAGGGAGUGGCUAGUAACGUUUCAAGAGCAACUUUAACAGUAACAACAUCUCCAAACUUAAAGGUCACGAAAAUGAUUUCUCACACAUAUCACCUUCCUCCUUUAUUCGCUAAUCCUGCUCGUCAUCAUGAUACAAUUUCGGAUCAACUCACAAAGUUUGAUUCCAAAUAUAAAAAGCAUUACUUCACCAAUAAAUGGCAUUGGAAUAAUUUGCAAUCAACUGAUAGUCUUGCUAUAUUUUUCGAAAUUGAAGGUUUGAAGUCUUCAAAAGAUAUUCCAAAGAAUGGAUCUGAAUAUAUGUACAUUCAAUUCAAGUUGAAAUAUUGGGACAAAGUAGAAAAAACAUGGAAAGUAAGGAUUACUACGGUUAGAAAACCAACUACAUUGAGAGCAAUGAAUAUAAGACAAGUCAAAAACUUGCAAUUGAACUUAAACAAUGCUAAAAUAGACUUGUUACAAAAUUUGGACUCUUCAGCUUGGAUCACUUUAUUUUGUCGAUUAAUGAUUAGCAAACUAGAUACUAAUAUUGGGUUUGAAUUUGAAGGAUUAGUUAAACAAAUGGAUCUGUGCAUGGUGAAAUUGUUGAACAAUUUUAACAAGGCAGUGAUAGAUGGCGAUAAGAUAAAUGAAAAAUUAACCAAACUUCCCUCCCUUAUGUAUAGUCUUCGGAAAAAUCCUCAAUUGAUUCAAAUCUUCAAUGCUUCACCCGAUGAGACUACUUACUAUCAUCAUUGGUUUAUGAAGUUUGGGUUAGAUUUGGCACCCAUUGCCAUCCAACCGAAAAUGUACCAACUACACGGUAAUACGGAAAUUGAAAUCCCCUUGGAUUCCAAUAUUAUUGAACGGGUUCCUUCCAAGACAUUUUUAGUAUUGGACUCCGUAUUCAACAUUAUCAUAUACUAUCACUACGAUAAAGCUGACGAGGAAACAAAAUUAAAACUUCAUCAUUCUGAAAAUCAGGAUUUGGUUUUUGAUUCCCAAUUGACCAUCCCAAUGGAUUUUAUUUCAAACGUUUUGAAAGUGCAAAAUCGUCCCAUUGUUCCCAAAUAUAUUAUCACGCAAACAAAUCACUCCCAGGCAAGAUUCUUAACUUCAAGAUUGAAUCCUCCAUCGAUUGCCAAUGGAACAUCAUUGAUUGAAGACAACUCAAAACCAUGGUACUCUCGAUUAUUUUCUGGAGGAGGAGGAAAUAAUAAUCAUUCAUCAUCUUUCAACUAUGAUAUCUCCAAAACUGAUGAAUGUAGCUACAAUGCAUACUACAAGAGUCUUAUUAAACUGAUUAGAAAUUAUAGACUUGAUGAUGACAGCUAGUGAUUUAGUAAUGUAUAUAUGAAUAUAAUAUUAUAU